UUUUUCCCUGGUCAUCGCACCAUCUUGCCGCGCAUGGUGUCCUCAGCAGGGUAUUUACUUAAACUCUAACGUAAGAAAGUGAUUUUUUGUGGUGCGUUUCGUAUUCGUUUCAAACAGAAGAAAAAUAUGUACCAGUCCUCGCGGUGACAGGGAAACAAUACUCGCUUGAAAAAUGAUGUACAAAAUGCCGUUCUACUCACCGCUUGCGUUGGCCACAAAUUGCGAGAAGCAUGAUAUUCGUCAUGGAUUCAAAAGGCCUCAUACUCAUAUCAGAGACGACAAUGAGAGCGACUUUUAUAUAAUUUUAAAGCGUGUUCGCGUUCGGCUUUCGUCGUGCUUACCCUUACCCUAAACAAAGUGGAGAAGCAAAUCCGCAAAUACUACAUCGCUCUUGUUCCAGAGAUGCGACAGAGUUUUCGUGAGGAGCAAAAAAAGAGCAAAGCUAAUGCGAGGAUGAGUAGCGGCGGUGGAGGGUUCUGAGUCACAGUGCCGCGCCCCGUCGUUUUGUUUUCAUUUUUACUUAUUUUCUUUAUCUUUUCGAGAAAUCGGCAGCGACAGAGAGUGAGAAGCGCUAUUUGUAGAAAAGAUGAUAGUUCUCGCCGCGUCAUGGUCUUGCGUGUGUUUUUUUUGUCGUCGGGACAUUUCUGAUCCUUGUGCGUGAUGGAGAAAUUGCUCAUUUCUUCUUGAAGUACAGCUAUUGCUAUAGAACUGCGCUUUACAAGAAGCGCUCUGUGCUUUUUUCUAGCGUCCGUGCUUAAGAAGAGCUCCUUUUUGAAGUUCUAUAUUUCUCAAAUAAGUCGUGCCACUGAUCACGUACAUUCUGAGUUAGAUUUCCUUUGAUUUGCGAAAGGAAAGCCAAAAUGCCGCCGCUGGUUGUGAAGAAACAGAAGGAAACCUUGAAUCGGGCAGAAACAGAGGUGCUCGAACAGGAAUCCGCCCAUAUGGUAGCGCACAUUCUGACUUUUGAUAUGUAGUGAGGUCACCGAACGGUUCUAACCGGGGAGUUUUUUUGCCACCUACCGUGAAAAACGACCGGCAGUUUUCAAGCGGCCGGAAGGCUUUUUUGACAUAAAAAAUUUCCAAUUAUCAAGCGGCCGGUGCUUUGUUGUCAAAAAAGCCCGAGCCAAUUCUAUCGAUUCGCGCUUGAUAAAACGACGGAGGGGAGCCGGCAAAAGGAGCGCCCUUCUGAGGCGCCCACCGCCUUGGUUUCUGGCGAUUUGGGGCGCCCAAAAAGGGGCGCGCAAAAAACGCGCCCAAAAUCAGAACAGCGAAACAGCAUGGCACGGCCCCGAUUUCGGAGCAUUUUGGGCGGCCGCGAAAGUGGCCGCCUUUUCGCCGGUUUCAGAGCCUGGGAAGCUUUGCAAAAAGCGCCGGCGUGAAAAAUAAAAACGCGAAAAAGAAAAAGCGCCCCAGACGCGCGAAGCCAAUCCGCAUGCUAUGGGCCCGAUUUUUCUUCGCUUUUUGGGCGCCCCCCGUGGCACCCGGAUCGGCGCCAUAGCAUGGGGGCUGGGCUUCGGAAAAGAAUUUCGGAGAUUUGCCAAAAUUUGCAACGUUUCUCGAGCGGCCGCCAUGCCGUGCGGCAUAACGCUACUCACGGCGGUAUGGCGAGCCCAGAAAAAGCAAAGCCGCGGCCAAGGCGGCGGCCGGCAAGAAAACGCCCACGGCCUCACUACCUCCGCCCCGGCGGCUAUAUUUGGUACUAAAGAAGACCGUUUACGAAUGCGAUUGUUUCUUUCUUUACCACAACAGGACAAGCGAUGACUCGAUCAAUCGGUUCAUCUCGUCGGGAACAUAUGAAGAAAAAUUGUACCUACAAUCAUGGCUCUGGCUCUGCACCUGCAGAGGUAGCGUGGCGAUGCUGAUUUUUUUCUCAUUUUGGUUUUGAUGAAUGACAGAAAAAAUACAGGAGAAGAAACUGGCGCUGCUUCGAGAUAUGAUUCAACUGGAGGAAGAGCAGCACGCACAGAAAAAAGACAAGAACGCGGGCACCAACUGGAAAUCGGCAUCGGUCGCACGACCGCUGCGCCGCGGAUACAUCGACGAAGUGUCUGCAGCCAGAAAGAAAGGAAUCUCAACCAGAUCUGGAACGGGCAAGGCUUCCGCGCUUUCUUCGGGGUCUAGUGCUGGUACGCUAACGCCUCUUCCCUUGUAGAGCAUCACCAGGACGAGCAGAAAACAAAAAUCAUUGUUCCGUUUCUACCUUAAUAUCGUGAUGACGCUUUUGUUUUGGUGCAACUGACUUUGAGAAUGAUUGGUCGAUCAUUAAUCGUCAUCAAAUGAUUAUGAAAAGGCUUUGCAGGUACAUCCUCCUCCUCGUCAUCGGGUGGGGCAGCGGCCGGAAAUAACAACAAGGAUGUCGGUAAGCCCGACGCAAACGCGAUGAACCCCAUUCAGAGUCUGGUGGCCGAGUUGUACACGUCACAAACGACCACCACGAAGCAACACUUCUCACCGCGGCGCCCGCAGGGGAGCGCCGGGAGCAACCCGGAUGUUGGGAGGAAGAGCCAACCGGGCGCGGGAAAAGGUUCAGAGGGACCACCGCCUGAUGACUUCGCGCAGCAAUCUGGCUCGUCGGCUACCGCGCUUGCGUCAGCAAACAACCUCGCGUCGACCAACUUGACUGCAGCGCUCCAGAAGCAGAAGGCCGAACAGAAAGAAGUACAGUCGUUGUUGCAAGAACUCGGGCUCCAGAAGUACAGCGACAAGUUCGAGGAGGAGGGUUUCGACUCCAAGGACGUUGUGCUCGAGAUGGAGGAAGAGCACAUGCAGCAACUGGGCAUGGCGAUGGGGCACCGGAUAAAGCUGCGCAAGUGGAUUGCCGUGCAGCGGGGCGAGGUGACAAGCCCCGCGAUGGCGAGCAAAAGCAAAAACAAAGUGGUGCUGAAUGCCGGGCCGCCGGAGGUGCACGUUAUUGUACGGGAGGGCGAUGUGCGGGGGAGCAGCAGUUCUACACAUGAUCCAAGCAUCAAUCCCGCUAUGGGAUUCUCAAUCGUUACAUUUUCAAGCGUUACAUGAACUUGUGGUUGUGACGCAAGAAUAGCAACAGUGAAAGGGGGAACCUGCACCUUUCGCCUUAGAAAUCUAGUAGCGCAGAUCGCCAUGCUGUUUGGCUCUUCGAUAGUUCGUCAUGCGAAGUACCUAGCUCGAGCGUCGCGUGUCUAUGCGGGACACGCACAAACCACACAGCGACAACAGCUGAGAGUGUAACGCUUGAGUAUCCCAUACCGUCGUCGAAAAACGCGAAUAAUCAGGCCGGGGCCGGCAGCGGCAUUCUGAAGAAGUCGCUUCCGGCGCGGCUUCGGGAGGAGGUCGAGCGCAACAAGGGAACCACGCUCGUGGGGCAGCAGGUGGGAGGUUCGCUGCUGGACGGCGAGUAUGACGAGGCGGCGCAGGCCGCCAGUUUUCGCGACGCCGUUAUGGCCUGGCGCAAGCAGGGAACGGAAGAUGGUGCGGCCAAACCCGCGGAAGCUGGAGAAAGUACAAGGAGCGUAGUGGCAAAAGCACAAAAUUAUAGCACCAGCUCUGCGGCGACGACCACAACGAAGCAAGAAGAUGACAUCCUCUUCACGAACGUCGAAGCAGCUACGGAGCUCGGGAAAAAGGCAGGUGACGCGGAGACCACCAAGGGGCUGGCGUCUUUUGGCAGUGCCACGUUGCAGUUUCCAGUCGGGGCCAGCGCGCUGUUGACGGGGAUUAACGCCGCAGCGAGCAGUAGUUCCUCGGCUGCAACGACCGCCUCGGCCGGCACGGGGACGGAAGGGUCGGCACAAACGGAACCGCAGCAAGACCCCUUGAAACCAGAAGAAGGAACCGGUGUGCGGAAGUGCUGUUACAGCUGCUACAAACAGUUCUAUGACGGACAGGGGCGCGCGAUUUCUGAGGGAAAGGAUGUCUGCAGUACUGGAACAUUUUCUUUCCUACUACUUUCUUUGACUAGAAGUUUAUAGACUCUAAGAUAGAAUUGGUUUCAAUUUUGUCUUCGUGCUUCUGUGGGGAGAUCUUAGAAAGCCGACGGACCGAGUUGUUACUACUAACUUCUAUUGCAACGAACAUACAUCAUAGGUGCAGAAUGUGAAGCCCUUGAGCGCCAGAAAGAGGCUCGGCGAAAAGAGAUCGCGGAAAGGAGGCGGAAGCAAAUGGAGGACAUCGCUGCCCAGCAGGACGCCCGCGAGGCAGAAAAGCAGCGCUUGCUGAAUGCGUCGAGGCCGACAUCCGCUGUCGUAGCGUCCGCAGAACAGAUAAGCGCUGUCCCAAGUACACACCAACCUAAAGAACCUAACGACAGCACUCCGGGCGAUUUGUCGAAGAAUGAUUCUCUUCGAAGUCGGCUAGUACCCGGUCACAUGGGGAGUAUUUCCGAAACCUCAGGCGAAAAGUCGCAGCAUGCGGCGACGACGGAUUCUGCGUCUCUACAACCGGCCCCUACAGCCGAUUCCUCUUCUACAGCAGCAGAAGUGGUGCCAGCGGAGGUCAUGCUUAGUAACGUGGCGGGGUCUAGCUCUAGUACAAGCGAUGCCGAUGCCCAAGAAGACCAAGGUAUUGAGAUUCAGCAGGACCAGCCUGCCCCUGUUCCACCUAGUUCUGAAAACGCUGGUUUGCCCACAACUUCCGACGCGGAGAUUUACACCGGUUUGGAUCCGGUCAAUAUUCUGAACCAGAACUUGGUCAUACCCACCUCAGACGAGGAGGAGCACGCGGUGCCGGGGUUCGGGUUUGAGUCCUUGCAAGCGGGUCUCGACGCGGCUUCGAUGCUGUAUGACAAAUGAACGAACUGCAACUGCCUCGAACGAGAUGAAACAGGUGGUGCGAGUCUCUCUACCUCCCCGUAACGUCCUAAAAAAUGGAGCGCAAUUUUUAUUGUGCGGCAGUCACCAGGAGGUCCAGGUCCAGGACGAGCAGUUUGAGAAACCGCAGCAAGUGUUGCAGGAGUGCCACCGGCAGCAGGGAAGAAGCUUGCUACUCUCUUAAGAAGCAAACGCGAUUUUUUGAAAAUUUUGUCUGAAUGUCUUUUCUUGCUUUUGUCCAGGUCAGUGUAGUGUACUAUGCGCUCGCUCGUCCCACCUUGCCUUGCUGGGGCUGCAACUACUUGACGCGAUGCAAAGAAGAAGUAAAAGUCGCGUAUUUCUUGAAAUAGGAACCGAAACAAAUUUCCCAAUGCCAGUUAUCGACGGCUGACAGUAUUUUAUGUCAUACUUCUGCAUUGGAUUGCCCUCCCCCUCGGGGUUCUUGUGAAAAGGGAAAGCAGGACAGCUCUCUCUGACUGAAAAGUAUCUUUUCG